CGGCAUCUUCCCCACUUUGCCGUGGGCAGGGUCGUGAAAGGCUUUGGGCGGGGUUCUAAAGAACUCGGCAUUCCAACUGCCAACUUCCCAGCGGACGUGGUGGAACAUUUGCCAGAAGACUUCCAGACGGGUAUCUACUGUGGCUGGGCGAGAGUUGCCAACGGACCCAUAUAUAAGAUGGUCAUGUCUGUCGGUUGGAAUCCUUAUUACCAUAAUACUCAAAAAUCCAUGGAAACCCACAUAAUCCACGAAUUUCCCGCGGACUUCUACGAAGCGAUAUUGAGAGUGGGAAUCGUGGCGUUUCUUCGACCGGAAGCGAAUUUCUCAUCGCUAGAUGAUCUCAUCAAAGCUAUCAAGAAAGACAUCCAAGAUGCCGAGGCCCUUCUGGAUUCGGAGAAAUACCUUCAAAUCAAGGAAGAUCCCUUCUUGAAGGAUCACAGGUGU